AUGCCUUCCUUCUCCUCCCUAUCCGUCAUCGCCCUCGCAGCCAUCGCCGGCACCGCCAGCGCAGCCUUUGGCCCCGCCUUUAGCACCGGGCAAAAGGGCACCUUCAUCCGCGAAGCCACAUCCACUCUGAUUCUCCCCAAGGGUGGCAACGGUGGAUCCGUGUCACUUUGGGUGGGCAUGGGCACAACCAAGGGCGACCUCAUCCAAUCCAUUGCUGACAACACCGGUCGCCCGCAAUGGAGCAUUUUCGCAUACACAUUAGUUUUGAAAGGUGAUGGGACGCAGGAGCCGGUAGCGGCGCCUGGAGAGGAUGCGAAUGCGGAGGAUAGGGUCACUAUGCAUUACAAAUUCGACGACCGCUCCCAAAACUACACACAAACGGUCCUCGUAAACGGCCGCCAGGUCUCCACGCUCUCCACCAACAGCGGACACGCCGAGGGAUGGGGCAGUGCGGUCGAGUGUCAGGCUACCGACUGCGGAACGAUUCCAGAGCACAAAUGGAUUGAUACGAAGAUCACGCUGGACAAGCCAAACCGAGGCUAUUCUGGCACAUUGAGGAAGGACCGGGGUGUGGUUGGUGAUAUGACGACGAGCGAUGGGGGCAAGACAUGGGUGGUCUCGGAUAUUGUUAUUCCUACUUAUAUGUUUGGACAGUAG